AUGUUGAAGUUCCGCUGGUACAACGACCCAGUGUUUGCUGCUUUUGCAAUUUGGGCCUUGAUGUCAAGCACCAGGCAGGAGUUGCCCGUCGGCCAAGACGAAAUCAUGAAUGCUGAAGCUCUUUCAAAACCGAUCUUUGAGAAUCGUCCUCCUCCUGCCUUGCAAGAUGUCCAGGUUGUCGAAACUCUUUCGCGCAAGAAGACUGCACGCGUUCUCGAGCUCAUAUGUAGUGGGAGUAGUGCCGAGAGACGCAACGCGGAACACACAAUCUGUUGCGAGGACCCGUACCCCGUGCUCACAGAAGCUUGGAUUCUGCUGCUACCCUGCGCUUGGCCCGCCAGUCGCACUACUCUAUGCUUCGGAGUAAGGCGGGAGGCGGAAGGCAGGAUCGAGUGUUGGCCCUUGUCAGAUCGGAUAGGGCAGGGUGUGAUGGGCCAGGCAAGCGUGCUGUGGAGAAUGGGUGAGGUGGAGUGGACAGUAAAGCGGAGGGUAAAGCUGCAAAUGACGGCCCAGGCCCAGAGGGGCGAACCGGGGGGAGAAUUUGCAGGAUGGAGCAGCGAAAGAGCGACGUAUCGAGGCAUGGACGGUCAGGGCCGCGUCUGGACUGACACUGCCUGUAUGCGCCCCGUGUGA